GAAAACCAGCCAGGGGAGAAAUUGGGUAAAUUUAUUUCCUGUUGGGGAACUCAGAAGGUCCUCAUGGAAACCACAACACAACAGGAAAUCCUUAGGCGAAAGAGAAAAAAUACACACACUGAGUGUGGGCAAAACUUCAUUCACGGAUCAAGCCUUUCUGUUCAUCUGAGAAUCCACACAGGGGAGAGGCCCUACAAAUGCCCUGAGUGUUGGAAAACCUUCAAUCGCAGGUCGCACUUUAUUAGGCAUAAAACAAUCCACAGAGGAGAGAGGCCCUAUGAAUGCAGUGAAUGUGGAAAAUGCUUCACUAGCAGCUCAGCCCUUUCUCAACAUCAGAGAAUCCACACGGGGGAGAGGCCCUAUGAAUGCCGUGAGUGUGGGAAAACCUUCACUUACAGAUCAGGCCUUUCUAGACAUCAGAGAAUCCACACAGGGGACAGGCCCUACGAAUGCAGUGACUGUGGGAAAAGCUUCACUCAAAUAUCAACCCUUUCUGUUCAUCAGAGAAUCCACACAGGGGACAGGCCCUAUGAAUGCAGAGAGUGUGGGAAAAGCUUCACUCAAAGAUCAGCCCUUUCUGUUCAUCAGAGAAUCCACACAGGGGACAGGCCCUAUGAAUGCCGUGAGUGUGGGAAAAGCUUCACUUACAGCUCAGCCCUUUAUGUUCAUCAGAGUAUCCACACAGGGGAAAGACCCUCCGAAUGCCAUGAGUGUGGGAAAACCUUCAGUCGCAGCUCGCACCUUAUUAGUCAUCAAACAAUCCACAGAGGGGAAAGACCCUACGAAUGCAGUGAGUGCGGGAAAACCUUCAAUCGCAGCUCGCACCUUAUUAGACAUCAAAGAAUUCACACGGGGGAGAGGCCGUAUAAAUGCAGUGAGUGUGGAAAAUGCUUCACGAAGAGUUCAGCCCUUUCUCAGCAUCAGAGAAUCCACACAGGGGAGAGGCCCUAUGAAUGCACUGAGUGCGGGACAAGCUUCAGGCGGCGCUCACUCCUGAUCAGACAUCCGAGAAUCCACACAGGAGAGCAGCCCUACACAUGCAGUGAGUGUGGAAAAACCUUCUCUCACAGCUCAGCCCUUUCUGUACAUCAGAGGAUCCACACAGGGGACAGGCCCUAUGAAUGCACUGAGUGCGGGAAAACCUUCAAUCGCAGUUCGCACCUUAUUAGGCAUCAAACAAUCCACAGAGGAGAGAGGCCCUUUGAAUGCCGUGAGUGUGGGAAAUGCUUCACUAGCAGCUCAAACCUUUCUAAACAUCAGAGAAUCCACGCAGGGGAAAGGCCCUAUGAAUGCCGUGAGUGUGGGAAAAGCUUCACUCAAAGAUCAGACCUUUCUAGACAUCAGAGGAUCCACACAGGGGACAGGCCCUAUGAAUGCACUGAGUGCGGGAAAACCUUCAAUCGCAGUUCGCACCUUAUUAGGCAUCAAACAAUCCACAGAGGAGAGAGGCCCUUUGAAUGCCGUGAGUGUGGGAAAUGCUUCACUAGCAGCUCAAACCUUUCUCAACAUCAGAGAAUCCACGCAGGGGAAAGGCCCUAUGAAUGCCGUGAGUGUGGGAAAAGCUUCACUCAAAGAUCAGUCCUUUCUAGACAUCAGAGAAUCCACAUAGGAGACAGGCCCUAUGAAUGCACUGAGUGCGGGAAAACCUUCAAUCGC